AUGAAUGAAGACAAACUUAGCGAAGACCAUAUCAAGGCUAUCUGUGCUUACACAGCAGGAGAUUUUAAGAUAUACCCAGUGUUCAACCAGGAAGUCAGGAUCAGUAGCACAGUCUACAGGUCCACCUUCCAGUUCCACUCCCUGCAUUUCUUCCUGACUGAUGCUCUCCGCCUCCUGAAGGAAAACCAACAGCGCUGUUACAAGACAUUUCGAAGAACCAACAUGGUGUUUUUAGGUGAAGUUAACAAAAUAAUCAGAUUCGGCUUCUUUGCCUCCAGCUCUUUCCUAAAGAACUUGACAGAUUUUGGAGAGAAGUCCUGCUUUAAUAUAACUACAUGUGCAGGAGCUGAUCUCAAGUCCUACCCAGUGAUGGGAGACAAGGAGCAGGAGGUGUUGAUUCCACCUUUUGAGAUGUUCAAAAUUACCAAAAAGGAAAAGGGACAGAAGGUUUUGAACUGUGAAACUCUCUACUACCUGGAUAGUGUAGGGCUCCAGAGCAAUCUGAAUUGUAAAGCUGUAUAG